UGCACAUGCGUCUCUAAGUCUAUCUUCUGUUCAAAUGCAAACACUCAAGAAAUUAAAGCAGAUCAGGAAGCAAAAGAAAAUAAAAUUUAUAAACUAUUGCUCAAUCAUUAGACUGAAGAAGCCACCAAUAAAAAAAGAACGGUAGUCCAAAUCUUUCGCUUCCGAAAUGAAUACUGCCCUGCAAUUAUAUGAUGGAAAGCUUUCACUGAUAACAGUUCCCAUUCCAAAUAUCAAGAAUGGCAAUGAUGUGCUGGUAAAAGUUCGUUUUUGUGGUAUUUGUGGCACUGAUUUGAACAUUAUUAAAGGACAGUACCCAGCAGCAAAGAAGAUUGUCAUGGGCCAUGAGUUUUCUGGCAUUGUCACUGCCAUUGGGAAAGAUGUCAAGCACCUUAGUGUUGGUGACCGUGUUUGUGUAAAUCCAACAAGCUGGUGUGGAACCUGUCAUUACUGCACUAGAGGAAACCCGCAAUUUUGCACCAAGGAGGCAAUGCACACAGCUCACGGGUUUCAUAAAGAUGGUGGUUUUCAGCAAUACUGUCUACUUGCCUCACACCUCUGCUACAAGCUACCUGAAGAUAUGCCGUUAGAGCAAGCAAUAUUUUGUCAACCAAUGUCAGAAAUCUGCCGUGGAUGGGACAAUUUGGGAAACUGUGAUUCAGAUGCGAAGAUCCUUGUUUGUGGUGCAGGUUUGAUUGGCUUACAGUGGGCCUCUCUUUUUCACUUCCAUGGCUAUCGAGACGUCACCAUAACUGAAACAGCAGAAGCUAGGAGGGAAAUGGCAGCAAACAUGCACAUCGGAUACAGGUGCGUGAAGCCAAAAGUUGUUAGAGCAGAAGCUGACCUUGCAGAGAAGAACUGUGAUGAAACGUGGGGUUUUGACGUUAUAAUUGACUGCACAGGAAACCCAAAUGCCGUUGAAUAUGAAUUAAGGUGGGUCAGAAAGGGGGCAACCAUAUUGUUAUUUGGUGUUUGCCCCAAAGGCGCCAUCGUCAACUUUGAACCCUUCCAAGUGUAUGCCAAAGAGGUAAAAAUUGUGCACUCGUAUCUGAAUAAGUUUACCUAUCCGAAGACAAUCAGGUUGGUGAGUGAUAUGGCCAAAAAGUACCUGGACUGGGGUGUGCUUGGAGUGAAAACAUUUAGCAUUCAAGACUACGAAGAAGCUUUCAGUUGUUUGGACAAAGGUGAAAUCACCAAGGGCGUUUUUGAGUUCUAGCGCAUUCCAGCUUGCCAACAUGGAUCGCUAAACACGACCUGAAAUAUUUCUUUUUCAUUAAUUGCGACAGUUUUACUGACAAAAGUAGACGAAUUUUUGUGAUUUCAAAAUUGAACUUUUAUGAUUUUGUCCCAAGAAAAAUUUCCUACUAAUUUUUGUCAAAUUAGGAAUUGUAUGGUGCGUUGAGUAAACAAUAGUUUUCAUUUGGUUGAAUAUUCCGAGAAUAAAGGUGAUGAUUGUCAAUUUAUGUAUCUAUAUAGCUUAAACAGCCCUG